CACACAUUGGCACUCCCUUUCCCCAGUAGAGGGAAAAAGAUGGCGCCCACACACGUACUGAGAUGCUGUCAACGGGGUUUAGCAUGGAUACCUGUGAUUUUUAUCGCUCUGGUCGUCUGCUGGUCGUAUUACGCAUAUGUGGUGGAGCUUUGUAUAUUCACCAUCCCCAGUAUAGGAGAGCAGAUCGUCUACCUGAUCUUCUUUCACCUCUCUUUCAUCAUGUUUGUGUGGUCGUACUGGAAGACCAUCUUCACUAAACCUGCCAACCCCUCCAAAGAGUUCUGCCUGCCAAAGGCCGAGAAAGAGCGCUAUGAGAAGGAAGAGAGGCCAGAGUCCCAGCAAGAGAUCCUGUGGAGAGCUUCCACUAGUCUGCCUCUGUACACCCGCACAGGAGCUGGAGCAAUCCGUUACUGUGACCGCUGUCAAGUUAUCAAGCCAGACCGAUGUCAUCACUGCUCCGCUUGUGACAUGUGUGUCUUGAAAAUGGACCAUCAUUGUCCCUGGGUGAACAACUGUGUCGGCUUCUCCAACUACAAGUUUUUCAUCCUCUUCCUGGCCUACUCGCUGGUGUACUGUUUGUUCAUUGCAGCCACCGUACUUCAGUAUUUCAUAAAGUUCUGGACAAAUGAGCUGCCAGACACUCACGCCAAAUUCCAUGUCUUGUUUCUCUUUUUUGUGGCGGCCAUGUUCUGCAUCAGUAUUUUGUCCCUCUUCAGCUACCACCUGUGGCUUGUAGGGAAGAACAGGUCCACUAUAGAGGCAUUCAGAGCACCAGUCUUUAGGACGGGCUCUGAUAAAAACGGCUUCUCUCUGGGUUUCCGGAAGAAUAUCGCUCAGGUGUUUGGAGACCAGAAGAAGUACUGGCUGCUGCCAAUCUUUACCAGUCAGGGAGACGGUCUGACAUUCCCUACACGGCUCGUCAACGCCGAUGUAGAACAAGCUACAGUCACCCUGCAUCCUGAGCCCGAUAAAAGUGCUGCUGAAGUCCCUUCGAGCCCCCUCAGCGACUCACAGAAUCGCCUCCUGAGCAACGACCAGCAUGCUAACAAUGUCGGAGACCAUCUGGCUAACAACACCCUCAAAUCAGCUGAAAGUGAAACCAUCACAAUCUCCAUGGAGAGCGAGUCCUAACCAGGAGAAACUCCUCAGUCGUCUAAUACAAUGCCUUAAGAAACGCAACAGUUUAGUGUGUCGCCAUGGCAACAGUCAGACCCAUCAGAGUAACUAUGGAAAUGCAGUUCCAUCCGUGGUGUUGACAUUUUUUUCGCAUGCAGUGUCAUUAGCAAACCUCACACCUUCCUACCUACCCCCACAGGACAUGUGAUACCAGCUGGUUCCCCCUCACAAACACUAACGUUCAUUAUCAGCAUCUUUUCUGAAGUUUUCUCACAGCUGGAGCUUUCACUGAUGAUGAGAAAACUGAAGAACCCUUAAAGAAUAUGAGCUACUUUUGUGUUCCGUGUGCCAAAAACAAACAUUUGUUGGCACAAAGCUGCAGUGAAGAGUGGGGGACUGUAUUUUUUAGAAGAAAGGCAGUACAUCCUGGGAAGACGGCUCAGUUUGACCUUUUCUUCUUUUGUCUGAUUUUCAACAUGUAAUAUUGAAGCGUAUCCAUGGUCUGCACCUUUUUUGAGAUGGAUGUUUCCCGCCAAAACCGGGCUACCUUACAGAGGACUCUACUGUAGCUGGGUUUUGGACGGCCUGUUUUUGGAUAUCAGAGCACAAGAUGGCACAUUUUGCACUUUGUCGAUUAUCAAUGUCCAUCAAACAACGUGCUGCUUCUUUUUUCUUUCUUUAUUUUUGAAUCAUGUCCAAAAAGCACCACAGGUGUAAUGGUGGAUGUUGGAUGAGCAUGUGGUUUAUGGCGUUUUGUCUGUGUGCGUGAAUGCGUUUAAAAAAGUGGCCGUUUUUUUUAAAGAACUAACAAACUAAACCAAUCAGCUUUAUGUGUUUUUGUGGCCAACUUGUGUUCAAUCAUGCUGCUUUUCAAAAGACAGUAUAAGCUGACAGACAUACAGUGCAAUGUGCAGCAUCACCACGUGUUGGUCAUAACCGUGAUUCAACAGCCGCAGUGUAGAUGUCCUGUUUUUUCUACAGCUCAGCAGCGCUUCAACCUUUACUGAGACAACACUCAUUGCCAAAUAAGGGCUCUGAACCUGAAGUGUUUACAACAUCGUAGCUUUAUCUUCACUCUCCAAUGUCAUCUUAACCAAAUACUAGUCUUUGUGGCACAAUAUUUUAUAAACCUGUCCCUCCUGUCUGCUGUGGGCCAUGAUGUCGUUGCAUUAGCAGUGUUUGGCCAGCAGGUGGCGACCUUAUCUGCCCUUAAUUUUCUGACCUACAUGUGGCUCGCUUUAACUCACUUUCAGGCUAAUUUGCAAGCUCAGUUUCCUCAUUUCUAAAUACUUUUUUCUAAUUUACUUAAUCUACAAUCUUUUUUAAUCACUCUUAUUUAACUGAUAAUCAAAUUGAGCUCAUUUGACAUGCUGUAAAGUUAAAGAUGUAGACUUGCUUCUGUUAUGCACCUGGGAGCUUGUGCUAAACUUAGGAUCUAUGAUGUGAUCAGGAUGCAGCAGGCCUGGCAUGCUCUCUAACCAGAGGCAUUUUUUAAAGGGGUGGUAGAUUGCCCUCCUCAUGCAUAUCACAGUAUGUUGUACUCAGUAUAACCAAAUAACGUCUUCAGGAUUGCUUUUCCAAGGAAAUCUGUUACGUUUAUGCAACUUUCCGGGGCAGUUGGAGACACCAAAUUCCUGAUGUCUGUAUCCAAUCAUGUCCCUGACUGUUGCAGAUUGAGCCUCCUGCUAAAUCUCUGGUGAAGUACUGGUUUACAGCUGUUUCUCUUGUGUAGAGUGGGUCUGUGGUGUUGUAUAAUGUUUUAAUGGUAUUAAUUGUUGUGCUGGUUGUACUGCAGUUAAAACAAGUGAGAGUAUAGGGGUUGGACUUUAUGUUUAUGUUUCUUCCUUCCAAUCAUGUUUGACCUUUUUAAGCCUCAGUUUUUUAUUACUCUUUGCCAAGCACUGAUUGGAGAAUAUUUGUCAUUGGAUGGAUAAUGCUACUUAUGGCCAAGAAUCAGCAGAGAAAUUAACACAGAGAGAACAUAAUUCAAGCCAAGGUUUUGUUCCAAUCAUGUCACCUCACACUGACACAUUUUGGUUAAAGUCCCUGUAAAGUGAAAUCCAAAUUUUGUGUCUUAACAUAUUAGACAUGUUUGAAUAAGGCUGCUGUAAAAUUGUGAGAACACUGAGAUCUGGAUUUAGGUCAUCAGGAAGUUUUUCUACUCGUUCCUGGCUUGGUUUAUUUUGGGCAGGGCAAAUACAGGAGCUCAUGAUAUCACUUGACCCUUUGGGGGAUAACCCCCCCCCAGACACACACGCUACAGUGGUAUAAAAUCACAGAGCAGCUCAUCUCAGUACAGUCUGUUGUUAGUUGAUGUCACUGCCUUCAUUAAAGUCAAAAGCCAGCUAUAUGCUAUAUUUUUGUUCAUUGUGAGGCAAAAGAGAGAUUUUUGCCAGAAAAAAGUAAAUUUAAUCCCUAACUUCUGUCUCUCUGCUCUGCUGAGGAUCUUAUUUCUCUGGAGUGGGCGUGGCUUCAGCUAUACUCACACGCCCACACCCUCUGGUAGCAGAUGUUACAGCCUAAUUUUUCAUGUUUUGAAGCUUACUUUUAUAAACUUUGAGAUGUUUUACAUGACUCAAAUUUGGCCUGGUGUUUAAGAACACAGAGGCCUGUCAUACAACAAACCUAAAAUACAGAUUUUUUAAAUCACUUUACAGGGACUUUAAAGAAAAAGACAACAAAAUCUGUGUCACCUGUAAGGAGCCUUCCUCUUACGGCCACUGAUUCUGACACAUUGGACCUGUUGUCUUGUUUUACAAAUUGCCUAUAUUUUCUCCGGGCUGUUUGGCCCUGGGACUAAAGUGCGCGUGCGUGUUUUGUAAUGCUUAAUUGAGUGUUCUUUUGUAAUAUUGUCGUCUUGGCAGAAAUGCUUCUGUGCAGCCAUGAGAUUUUUACAUAUCUGUGUACAUAUAUAAUGUCUGACUAAUGCUCAAAAGCAUGGCGCCUAACUUCUGUAAAAGUGUGUUUUACCAUGGUAACUGGGUGUUUAAGCAGACAUCGGGGUUUUUUGAAGGUGCAUCAUGUUUUAAAUCAGCUUUACUCUGGUCUGUCUCAACUUUCUAAAUGAAGCCAUAAAAACUCCUGUGCAGACAGAGGAAGGAGUUUCAGCCUAAUUUCAGUUCUUUCUUUUUUUUAACUGAAGAAGAUCAAGAAGCAUUUUACGUCUGUAUCGACACUGCAGAUGUAGCCUAUCACAACUUGCUUAUUGCUACCUUUUGGUUUCUUUUUGUUACAAUGUCCUAUUUUACAAUGUGUGUAUAUAUAUAUUGAUAAUGUAAGAAAAAGACUACAUAUAUUUUUCUUGUCUGAUUAAUUUUACUGUUCCUAUUUUGUGAAUGAAGUACAUGCCUCCACUUAAUUAACGUGAAAAUAACAAUAAAUGUUUUUUUAAAACUCCA